UGCCAUGUCAGACACAGUGCCACGUCAGCAGUGCCACGUCAGCAGUGCCACGUCAGUAGUGCCACGUAAACAGUGCCACGUCAGACACAGUGCCACGUCAGACAGUGCCACGUCAGCAACAUGACGGGCCUGCCGGGCCAACUGGCCAAUGAGCCCAUUGCCGACUACGAAAAGCGCUUCCAGGCUCAGCUCGUUGCAGUCAAGGUUGAGGAACAACGCCAUCUAGCAGUCAAGGCUGCCCAGCUACAGGCUGAAGAAGUGGCAACAGCAGAGAAGUUGCGGCUACAGGCCGAAGCAGACGCAGAUGCCCAGGCUCGCCGCAAGGAAGCCCAGGAUCUGCUGCAGCGGCAUGAAGCCACAAGCAUCGAAAAACUCGAGUUCUGGCACUUUGAACCAAACGGCGACGACGGAACACCGGAAGAGCAGCAUAAGGAGUUUCUCUCCAAACUCGUGACACGGUUGUUGUAUGCUUGCAACUACCAACGGUCCGAGUUGGAGAAACAGUACCAGGACCUGACGCAACAGCAUCAGGAGUUGGCAAAGCUCCGCCAUACAGUUCAAAGCCACGAGGAUGCAACUCGGGCACUCAAUGCCCGAUUGCUGGACCUGGAACAUGCUGUACCAGGACCAGCUGUUGGGGCUUCCAGCAGUGCAUCCUUUAGCUGCCAACUGGAGGAACGCGUUGACCACGUAGUGGAAAUGCUCGGCGACAUCAGCACCUUUGCUGCGCCGACCACCAUCACCAGUCAGCUGCAUACCUUGAAGACCGAGGUCCAACAGUUGCAGUCGACGAACGCGGAUGACAAUCUGAAGAUGUACAAGAUGCCAACUUUCCAACUGGACAAGUUCGACGACUACACGCAGCAGGAUCCGGUCCUCUGGUGGGAGGCAUUCACGACGCAACUCAGGAUUCUGCCUGUCGCCAAGCAUGCGUACAUCGGCGCCCUGUUCYUGAACUCAAAGGGCGGAUGCCAGACCUGGUUGAGCCACCUGGCAACCUCCCACGGCGUCGACGUACCGGACUUGAAGGACAAGAUCACAUGGGAGGAACUGACACGGCUGUGGAAGAAGCGGUUCAUCGUCGACGACGCGCCGACACUCGCCAUCAACCGUCUGUUCACCAUGUCACAGGGCAACACUGCAACACGGGAUUGGCUCAGGGAGUGGCAGAAGAUUGCGGCGGUGCCCAAUCUGGAAUUGGCAUUCACGCAUCUACGCCGUGAGUUCUACAACAGGUCCUAUGCGGCAUUGAGCCAGGCUCUUGGUGAUCGCGAGCAGUACUCAACCUUCGCUGAGAUCAUUGACAAGGCGAGGGAAAUCAUCAAGACCAACAGGUCAGCUGCACACGAGAAGUCAACAUGGCCGCCGACCUAUGUGGAGAAGGUACGAACUGGUCCGCGACAGCAGCACUUCGCUGCAGUCCAGUCGGACAGUGGAGAUAACCCAGCAGCCAGUCCAGCAUCAAGUGACAGAGAUCAGGUGGCUGCUGUCCAGCCGCGAAGCAACAACAAGUCCCGCAACAAUGGGAAGGCGAAAUCUGCAUCGCAGGCCGGAAAUGGACAGCCAGUACAAGUUCCAUGGGUCAAGUUCGGCUUGACCGAGGCGGAGUACAAGGUCCGCGACCGCUACGACAGCUGCUAUUGGUGCAACAGCACCAAGCACAAGACCUCCCUGUGCCAGGAUCAGGGCAAGGAGGAUGACUAUGUUGUCCACUUGGUUCCACCGCUGGACCAAGCGCUCCACGUGCAACAAUCCAUCGCAUGCACGGUUUCAUCACCAUCGGCAACCGAUUUGGCACGUUCGCCGCAAUCUUUCGUCGGGGAUUCGACGUCAUGGUCAAGACUUGAGGAGCUCGACCCAUUGACGUUCACGGACUUCCAGUGGAUACCCGUUCCCCCGACCGGACGAGUGCCGAAACCGCAUUGCAAUGUGCUCAUGGCACAACUGCGGGAUUACUUGCACACUGCAGUACCAGCUCCGUUGAUGGACGCCGGAGUGGAGGUUGUCGACCUUCGCGCUUACAUUGCGAAGAUCGAUUGCGAGUUCAAGAUGCAACGGUACGACGACAUCGACGCACCAUUGCUAUACGUACGCAUUCAGAUCGGAGAGGCGACCUGCAACGCCUUGAUCGAUUGCGGAGCAUCUCGUAACUACAUCAGCCAGGACUUCAUGGUACGCGCCGGCCUUGGCCCACGUGUCCGGAGGAAGUCCCAGCCUACACAAGUCACUUUGGCAGACGGUCAUAAACACAAGUCCAUCGACCGGUGCAUUGACAACGUCCUAGUGUACUUUGCCCCUCACGCAAGUGAGGCGGUGUCCUUUGACAUUCUGGAGACCAAAUUUGACAUGAUCUUGGGCAUGUCAUGGCUGCGAAGCGAGGAUCACCCGGUGAACUUCUUCCACCGCACCGUUCACAUUCGUGAUCGGAACGGAGUACUAGUUCCAUGCACGGUGCCUCUUCCUCAUCCUUCGAUCAGCUGCCACGUGGUAUCCGCCGCAAGCAUGCGAGCUUCCAUCAUCAGAGACGACAUCGAGCAGAUGGGGGUGUGUUUUCUCCAUGCCCUCCCGCCCCAUGACGCUUCAUCGACGGACUCACCUUCGGAUCCACACAUCACCGAACUUCUCGACGCCUACAGCGACGUGUUCGAACGCCCGCACGGAGUAGUACCGGAUCGACCCAUCCACCACGAGAUCAUCCUCGAGGACGGGGCCGUACCUCCGCGUGGUUGCAUCUACCGAAUGAGCGAGGAAGAGUUAAGUGUGCUUCGGGCACAACUCGACGACCUUCUCGAGAAAGGCUGGAUUCGGCCUAGCUCAUCGCCAUACGGUGCUCCUGUUCUCUUCGUCCGAAAGAAGAACAAGGACCUGCGGUUGGGCAUCGAUUAUCGCAAGCUCAACGCGCAGACAAUUAGGAACACCGGCCCUCUCCCACGCAUCGACGACCUUCUCGAGCGACUGGGCGGCGCCAAGUUUUUCUCCAAGCUGGACCUCAAGUCGGGAUAUCACCAACUCAAGAUUCGCAAGGAGGACCGUUACAGGACCGCGUUUAAGACGCGAUAUGGGCAUUUCGAAUGGCUGGUUAUCCCAUUUGGCCUUACGAAUGCCCCGACCACUUUCCAAGCGGCUAUGACAAUGGAGUUCCGACAUAUGCUGGAUCGUUUCGUACUUAUCUACCUCGACGAUAUUCUGGUCUACAACCGGAGUUUGGAGGAGCAUGUGGAACACCUGCGCACCGUUUUGGAGCGGCUACGACAAGCCAAGUACAAGGCCAACCGCGACAAGUGCGAAUUCGCACGAUAGGAGCUGGAGUACUUGGGACAUUGUGUGACGCCGCAAGGCAUCCGUCCGCUUGCGGACAAG